UUAGGCGCUUAUAGGGCCUUCCUCGUAGCCCCUUCGCCCCGCCCUGCCUCGCUGUAGUUUUUGCAACCGUCGGGUGCCGUCUGCAUAGUCGACAUUUUUCAGCCGCAUCAUCGCAGCUGACGUGGGGACUACGUGAGCGCCGACUCGGGGCCAUCCACUCCUACCGUAAUCAGUGACGAGGCCCUCUACGUAAACGCUCGCUCCAUCACAAUGGAGGCAGUGGUUUCCGUGCAACAGGACGGCAGUGUAAGUGACUCUUUGACAGACGGUGAGUCCAGUCAGAUCAACAGUGACUCCAGCCCAUCCCCCGCACCAUUGGCACAGUCUGGGGUGACAGUGUUUCAACUCCCUGGUGGUCAGACGGUGCAGGUGCAGGGAGUCAUUCAGGCCCAGCCUGCAUCCGUGAUACAAUCUCCACAGCAGACUGGAGUUGAAGGUGACGGUGACUCUGCAGUAGACUCCCAGAAGAGGCUAGAGAUCCUCUCCCGCCGACCCUCUUACAGAAAGAUCCUUAAUGAGUUGUCGUCAGACUCCCGUUCCGUGCCUAAGAUCGAGGAAGAGAAGGACGAACACGUCGUUGCAUCCUCCAGUGUCGCCACGGUGACUGUUCCCACCUCCAUCUACCAGACCAGCUCAGGACAAUACUUCACGAUCAGCCAGGGGGGGGCCCUGCAGCUGGCCUCUGGGGGGGCGGAGGCCCUGGGGGGGCUACAGACGCUCACGCUGCCCAGUGCCGGGGGUCCUCAGGCCGGGGCCACCAUCCUGCAGUACGCCCCGCAGACCACAGAGACCAGCCAGUUCCUGCUGUCCGGGGGACAGGUGCUCGUCCAGGCUGCUACAGGUGACAUGCCCACCUACCAGAUUCGCUCCCCCGCGUCCGGUCUACCUCAGGCAGUCGUCAUGGCAGCGUCGCCGGGGGCGAUGCACAGCCCGCCGCCUCACGCCGAAGAGGUCACGCGCAAGAGAGAGGUCCGCCUGAUGAAGAAUAGAGAGGCAGCUCGUGAGUGCAGACGUAAGAAGAAGGAGUAUGUAAAGUGUCUGGAGAACCGCGUGGCUGUGCUGGAGAACCAGAACAAGACUCUCAUCGAAGAACUGAAGGCUCUUAAAGACAUAUACUGUCACAAGGCCGAAUAACACACACACACACACACACACACACACACAUACACAUUGCAUUCUCAAACAUCUACUGCCACAAACGCAUACCAUACGCUACACAGAGACACGCACGCAAGCACCACACACCACACAAAUACUGCCUUACAGACAUACACACACACACACACACACACACACACACACACACACACUUGCACAUCUACUGCCAUGACACAGAUUAACAUUUAUUAAUACACACUUACUCACACACAAACACACAGUUUUUAAAGACAGCUGAAAAGCACACACAUGCGCACGCACGCGCACACACACACGCACACACACACACUCACACACAGAGAAGGUGACGUGUGACGUUUACAGAUGGCUUUCCUAUGAACUACCUACCAGCGCUUUCUCCUUAUUGUUUCUGUCACACACACACACACACACACACACACACCUCUUCUCACCUCACUGCUUCUCUCUGCUGUGGUUGCUCUGGCAACCAUGAUGCAUUUAGAGUGCUUUAUCUAAGUGUGCUCAGCCCCCUUCCCCAAACAGACACACACACACACACACACACACAUGGAAGCCCACAGUGUUCUUUUGAUUGUGUGUUGAAUUUAUUGCCAUUUUAUGGAAAUCAGAAACAUGCACUCUUUCUGUCACACACACACACACUCACAUUUUCUCUCUCUCGUGCACGCACACAUUUUCUCUCUCUCUCUCUUGCUCACACACACACACACACAUACAUUUUCUCUCUCUCUCGCUCACACACACACACCUGGUCAGAUAUCUGAUCCUACCCUCAGUGAACAGAAAAAUCUCAGGACUUUUGGUCUACACACACACACACACACACACACACACACACACACACACACACACAGAGAGAAACCAGCUGUACUACUAUGACUAGGGGUAUGUGCUCCUGUGUACUACUGAUAAGCCUAUACCCGCAUGUAGUGUGUGUGUGUGUGUGUGUGUGUGGGUGGGUGUGCAUGUGUGUGUGUGGGUGUGUGUCGGGGGGUAUAGGGGGCAUACAGUGGUAUAUUUGUUUAAAAGGUGACACAGUCCCCUUUUGACUUGGUCCUAGCUGUUAGCGAUUUAGCUUUUGUUCAGAAUUGCAUUUCUAACCUGCCAUUCCCCUGUUAUGCUGUGUAAAAAAAGAAAAAAUCCUGUACAAUGUCUAUUUUUAAUAAAAAUACCUUUUUGCUGAAA